AUGGCUCCCCGGACACUCCAAACGCGUCCAGAUUUGGGCACCUACAUCCCCAGGGCCCCAUCCCACGAACUCCAUCCAAUCUUUAACCACCCAAAGUACCCCCGCAACAUACAAUGCCGGCUAGUCGAACUCCUCACUGGACACGGCUUCUACGGGGAAUACAGCGCCCGCUUCCACCCACACAUAGACCCACAAUGCUCGUGCGGCGAACCCAAACAAUCGCCCGAACACCUGCUCAUGUUCUGCCCGGAUACGGAAGAAUACAGGCAAACUAUUACUGAGAUUUCGCCUGAACGCUCCUGGGAGGAGAUAUUUGGAACACUGCCGGGACUGGAGGCAGUAUCUGAGCUCAUACUCAAGUCGGGAAUUGGCAAGUGUAGAGAUCCGCCGGCAGCCGCUCAAACUCUGUAG